CCGUGGAGGAUCUCACAUCCGGAUAUCUGUCAAGCUUGUCGCGAAUGCCUUAACGCGUCCACCGCGGUCGUCGAGGAUGUGACGGCUCGUAGAGUUGUUGUCCGAACUUUGCGCAGUCAUCAAGUUUCUGAAGAACCGAACGAUGACCCUGAAGAUACUGCUGGCGAGCUUUCUUAUCGCAGCCACGACGAGCUCCGUUCUAUCGUCGUCGGAAGAUCAUCAUCGGGUACCACCGCGCAAUCACAAAAUUGACCAGUUCAUUUGGCCAGUUUGGUAUCGCGACAGACUGCCCCAUGCCAGGCACGAUCGCCUUGAUGAUGAACGUGUCAGCCGAGAAACAACCACUAGUACGAGAAGCCCGUGGACGCCGCAGCGCUCACAGGUUUCUACGACGAGAUCACCACAGCAGAUAAAUUCGGCAUCGAGGCAUAUAGAGCAACGGAUGCUGAAGCAAAAGUUCAAUGGUGUUGUUGCGAUGGCGGAGACCGGUGGUACCAGGGCGAUAGCAUAUGCGGGUUAUCACGGUAAUCAUCGACAUCAGCCAAGGGAGAUGGGCCCGCAGAGCUUCCAGCCUGUUACUACAACCGUCCCCACUUACACCAGACAUCAUUCGGGGAGGCGAGUAUGCACUAGGCAAGCUCCCACAAUCUCUCAUCAUCAUCAGGGAAGACAAAUUAGGUUAGUAUACACUGAGAUGACUUCCAGUUUCUUUUGCUGUCCGGGAUGGUCACAGGUGACUCAUUUGAGUUUCGGUUGUAAUAAACCCACGUGCUCAGCAUCAUGUUUGAAUGGUGGAAUUUGCAUAUCACCCGGCAAAUGCACGUGUCCCAAAGGAUACACUGGCAAUCAAUGCCAAACAGAUGUGGAUGAAUGUGUCACGGAAAAACCAUGCGGACAACUUUGCACAAAUCUUCCUGGUAGAUAUCAAUGUCACUGUAGAGUCGGAUUUCAACUUCAACAGGAUGGUCACUCUUGUUUAAGAAAUAAUACUGAUGAAAAUGCUUUUGAAGCACGCGAUUUAGAGACUGAUUUUCAUGAUGUGUCAACGACAAAAGAUCCGAUAACUUUUCAUGAUACUGAAAAUGAGGUGAGCGAUAAUGAUCAAGAUUACGAAGUAAUCCUAAAGAGACUGAUCAAAUUGGAAAAGCAAGUAGCUAGAAACAGAAAGAGAGAGACAGAGGCUUCCGAGAUGAACACCAAAGUUACAUUAGCGGUUGAAAGUGUUAACGAGAUGAAGAGAACCGUCGAAAAUGUGCAACUGAUGCAACAAGAAGUAUACGAUAUGAGGAGCAAGAUGAGGCAAUAUGAAGCAGAAAUAAGAAAAAUACAUCAUCUUAUGACUCGCGUUGCGGAUUUAGAAAAUCGUCUGAGAGUACGAUGCAGAUACCAGUAAAUCGUGAAUCUUUGAACUUUUAGCGUUACUGAAUCAUGCCGAAAUUAUUAUCAAUACAACCUGAUACUAAUAAUGAACAGUAGUAAUACUAUAUACUCAAUUAAUAGUAAAUAGGAUUACUACUAUUUUAAUUAACAGUAGAUAGCUGUAAUAUUUUUAUCAUGAACUUUUGCGCAAAUAUGUGGUGACUAAUAAUAUCUUUCAAUCAGAGAUACGUAUAUAAAAGAAAUUACUGUACAUUUGAAAGAAUAUUUAUUUUUGAUUUUUGAACUACAAAGCGAUAUUGGUCAUUUUAGUCACAAGAUGCUGACGUAAUAGUAGGCGUAAGAUUUAUGCGGAAUCGUUUCUUCCGUGAAAUAUCACUGCCAUCAUUUAGUGUUUGUUAUAUUUUUCAAGCAAAUAAUACUAAUAGUACAAUUUAAAUAUUGAUUAUUUGUACUCAGCUUUACAAUAAAAUAAAGUGAAUUCUGCA